CAAAAUACUAACGAAGCAUUUGAAAGUAAAUAUAUAAUCUGCCGCCACGAGUCCAUAUAUGCGUGUGAAGAAUGAACGUGAAGAGUAGCAGGUGUAUUGGUGCUUAUCCUUGGUCCAGGUCGAGGAGAACCGUCCACAGGAAUGCAGAACACCACCGAUGAGGAACUAUCCAGCGAUGGCCGACCGAGAAGGAGCACCAGCGCCAGCGGACUGUCAAGGUCGCGAAGCCUUCCGCAGUUGUCCCAUCAUGAUUCUGGCCUUGGAAGUUAUUACGGGGGUUCAGGUGUUGACGAUGCUCCAGCUAGUCGAGCUGCUAGACUUGUAGCAGAUUUACGUCAAUUAUUGACGUUGAAACAACAUUACUAUCCGGAAGGAGGUUGGGGAUGGGUGGUUCUAGUUUGCGGAGUAUUCGUUCAUAUCCUCGGCCAUGGUAUGCUCACGUCAACUGGACUCUUUUACCUGGAGAUACUUAAAAAGUUUGGAAUAGCUGAGAAAGGACCAGCAGGAUGGCUGGGAGCGAUGUCAACCGGUGUGGCUCUGCUUAUCUCUCCCGUGACGAUAGCCUUCUGCCGACGCAAGUCCACCAGAGUAACAGCGGUCAUGGGAGGACUGAUUACCGCCCUGGGAUGUCUUUUCACCUCUUUCGCCACGCAGUUUCAUCAAUUAUUCUUCAGCUAUGGGACGGUCGUCGGGAUCGGCGUAGGGAUAACCAGAGACUGCUCAACUUUAAUGGUGGCGCAAUAUUUCAAGAGACGCCGAGAAUUUGUCGAGAUUUUCAUCGUAUCAGGCAGCGGACUGGGUAUCGCUAGCAUGUCCUUAAUAAUUAGAAGUACCAUAGGAGCAUUGGGAUGGAGAUUAGGCUUGCAAGUUGUGACAGGAGCCAUUUCAGUGACCUUCAUCCUUGGCACAUUUUACCGCUCUGCAUCGCUAUAUCAUCCUCAACGGCGUGCCAUACUGCACAUCAAAAACCAAAAACGAAAAAUCAAAGACAAAAACAAAAUCGAAGACAAGGUCCCGUUCUUCGAUUUCAGUACUUUGAAAAGCAAAACCGUCCGUAUUCUUCUCAUCUCCACAGGAAUCAGUGCAUUUGGGAUUAACACUCCCCUCUUCUAUUUGGCGUACCAAGCCGAAGUCGAGGGUCUAGGAGACUCCACCAUAUUCUUACAAGUGUAUUUAGGACUUGCCUGGACUGUGGGGUGCGUCGUUUUUAGUACACUGGUGCUGCAUAAUUCCACUGAGUGCAGAAUAGCCAGACAGUAUCUUUGCCAAACUGCCGUCUUCAUGUGUGGACUGUCAAUACUGGCUUUUACUGUAGUGAGCGGAAAUUAUCACGCUUACGUUAUGUUUGCUUGGAUUUAUGGUAUAUUUUGCGGGGGCUACCAUUAUUCUCUGAAGAUGUACACUUAUGAACGCGUGAGAGCUAGAAACUUCGCAAGGACAUGGGGAUUUGUACAAUUUUCGCAAGCGAUACCCAUUGUAAUAGGCGUGCCAUUCUCGGGUUACAUGAACGAAAAAUGUGGUGACAGAGCUGGGUACUACUUCAGUUCCACGUGCGUGUUAGUUGGCAGUUUGACCCUUUUCCUGAUAGACUUGCACAGGAGGAAAAUCGCUCGCCACAAGCACACCCGAGAAAACGGUACUCGACAUCUUUGCGUGGCCGAAAACUGCCCACAGAGAAGGAAACUGUCCUUCUCUCAGGAGCCAGACAAUAACGAAGGAGGGGUGACCAUGGGAGCCGCUGCUGCUGCUCUUGUGCUGGGGGCAGACUUGGGAGGGAAUCAAGGUGCUGGUAUUUUGGAUAAUAUUGUUUUGUCUAACGAGAAACCGGAAUUGACGUGUAUUUCUGAAGAAGGUAUAGCCGACAUGGAUCUUCCGGACAACUUGUUAGACGACUUGGACUAUAUAGGAGACUGUAUUACUUCGUGUAAUAAAGUAGAAAAUUAUUUAAUGCUUAGUGAGUUCGAGAAUAAUUUAAUAGCGGAAAUGCCUGUGAUAUUGGACAGGAAGGGUAGGCGCUGGUCGUUGGCCAGAUCGAAGGCGAAUCAAAACGAAGAGACGCCGAACAAUGAUGAAGAAAAUGGCGUCGCUAAGGGGAAUGGCAAAUGGAAGGUUUUUCCCAAUAGGGUGAUCACAGUCAUAGAUGAAUCGUCGGUUUAGAUUAUAUAGGAAUUUAAGCCCUCGGCUAGUCUAGAUGUGAAAUUAAAAUUUCGGGGCCCAACUGAAUUUAUUAAAGGUUGAAUUACGAAGAAAUACUGCCAAUAUAGGUUCUAAAUAUUUCCUAUUGCAAAUAGAACCUAGCUCAUACUUUGUAUUGCAAGUGUUGCCAAGGCUGACAUUUUUGUUUAUACCAAAUAUUUCAUUAAAAGCG